AUGCCCAAAAAGCACCAGCGGUUCCAUACCAAGCCAGCUAGUCCUGCCCACCAUAGUCUUGGUUCUUCGUCUCGCCAUGACAAGCCCGGGGCGUCUGUGGCUGCAGAGUCAGUCAAUGAUCUGAUCAGCCAUCUGCGGCUGACACAGACACGAAAUUCAUCUGAAGAUGGCGGACCCCGGCCACGUCCCUCUCAACGCUCCUUAGUUUCACCUCGUUCGGUCCACCCAUCGCUCAGGAACCUUCUUGAGCUUCCGGAAACCCCACCUCCGCGACCUCGCCCUGGUGCCCAGCGCACUGCUAUCGGUACUCGCCCGCGACGGACCGCCGGACCUCCGCCGCCUGAGAGCUGGCUUGCCGGCAAUACGGACGGCUCAAAUGGGAUAGACCAGCACCGAUUUGCUGACAUGGCGGGUGAUUCUAAGCGAGUGGUUCACCGGCUAAAGCGGUUGCCCGGGGUCGCGUUCCCGGACCAGAGGGAUCUGCUGCACAUGGUGCUCAAGUCUAUGGCCUUGAACUGGCUUUGGCAUUUGGAGUAUGACGGCCCAUUUCUUUCUCAGCUUCCUGGUCGUAUCAAGACAUUGCUGCUGAGCUAUGUCGCUGUAUAUGGCAGAGGCCUGCAGUUGAAAGGACGCAUGAAAGGUCUAAAGCCGCUUCUUCUCACCGAGGAUGACUAUUUCCAAGACGAUGAGCAUGGAGAUGAUUCAAAUGCGAGUACUAUUCUUGCCAGUGAUGCUGCUAUCUCACGCUUGGACCUGGGAAAUGCGCUAGGACACUGGAUGACAUUCAAGCAACUGACUAGCGAGCUGUUUACCUCAACCAAGCCGAAUCUGGAGCGAGAAGGAGUGGUUCCAGGUUCAUGGGAUGAAGAGAUCGAUCAAGAUAAAAGAGAGCUUAUUUCCCCAGAUUCAGUUUCAACCUCGUCUGUUCCCAAAAGUAUGACCCAGGGUCUUCGUUUCACCAGUCUCCGCUACUUGUCACUUGCUCAUCCACAACCUGCUUCCGCAAGCUGGAACUCACUUCUAAAUCUCCUCAAUCGUCUUUCAACUCUCACUCACCUCUCACUCGCUCACUGGCCCACUCCAACUCGCACCCCGGGCGCUGCCACUGCCCGCAUACGCCACCCAUUACAUCACUCCUUGACUUUCAGUUACAGCGGCACAGACAACUAUGCCGCCAUGGAAAAUAACUGGGCUGAAGCAGCCACCAUCCUCCGUCAACUCUCACGGUCUACCUACUGCCUAAAAUGGCUCGACCUCGAAGGCUGCGCCGAAUGGUUACCAGCUUUGAAAUGGGUCGGCAAAGACCCAGACGGCCACCCGUAUCCACUCGGGGCCUCAGGGCCAGAGUGGAAUGGGUCGUGGAGGGAUGUGGAAUGGAUCAAUGUGGGCCCUGGCUGGGUACCUGAUCUGAGUGAUGAUUCGGAAUCUCUGGAGCCGCAGUCACUAGCUAUGUCUAUUAGCCCGCCUGAUGACGCUGAUGAUUAUGAUUCUGCUUCACGACAUGAGGAGCGACUUGUCAAUUUUCGUCGUGAGAAUGAGCUCAAGCUUUACAGGGAUUCUGUUCAGACUUCAUUGGAGGUGCGCACGCAUGUGCGGCAGAUCAGAAAGGAGGGUCGUGGGAAAUGGCCUCAGGUUUCUUUUGGGCUAGAGGAUGUUGAUUCAGAGACGGUGAAGACAUUACUUGGACGGGAAAUUUCGGUUGUUCUUUGA